GGUAUACGGGAAGUCCGACAGAACGUUGCGCCGCGCAGUUUGACAGGCUAGCGGUAAGCCGCAGUGUGUAGGUGUGUAUAUGUGUGUGUGUGAGUGUGUGUGUGUGUCAGAAACCCGUUGAAUCACAGCUUACUGUAAAAGUUACCAGACCUCACCGAAGUCACUGCUGCACGUCUGCUCAACGGGUCUAUGGCAGCCAGCCGGAGCUAGCUAACUUCUCGUCAGCGCAACCGAACCGUCAGAAGAAAUGAUCGAGUAACUUGAGGUCAGUCUUUUUUGAAUUGUGCUGAGCUGAGCCAAGAAUCUUGCUCGACUGGAAUCAACAAGUCAGCUUCGUGUCCUGUUCACCCAAGUCACGUGUGGGUGUGAUGGCAGAACUCCCAUAUGGUCUACUGGAGGCAUGUGUAGUGGUUGGAGCCACCAGUGACAAGCUUCGAGACAUAUACCAGCUUCAUCAGCAGAGCAAAAUAAAUGAACUUCCCCUGCUGGAAGCCGAGGUCCUGCAGGUCCAUGUCCCUCCUUUUGUUACCAAGGAGACCAACUCCAGCCAGUCGAUUGGUCCAGCUUUCAGCCGUGUCCAGAGAAGGAGGAGCUUCAUCAAAAAGAAGAGGCGUGAUCGUGCUGCAGAGGCGUUGCCUAAUGGAGAAACAGCCAGUCGUGCAGAAGUGUCCUCAGCCACAGAGGACAUCAGUGUUCCAAAGGAUCUGGACCUCAUCGCCUUGCCGCAGCUCUGUUUCCCUGGUGGUCUUCAGGUAGCCAAUGAGCAGAGGGAAGACAGUUAUCACUUCCUGGUUUUCACUGACCUUUUUGGAAACCGAACCCAUGGAGUUGUUGUGCAGUACUACAGGGCUAUACAGUCCUAUCAGGAAGGUGCAGUCCAGAAUGGCCACAGGUGGAAUUUAUCGAAGUCCCGUCUUUACACACCCUUUGCAGUUUGUGUCAUCUCCAAGUUCCCUUAUUACAACGCCCUGAGAGACUGCUUGUCAUGUCUCAUGGUCCAGUUGCGGCCUGCAAGACACACUGACUUCGAGGAGACAAUAAAGGAAUUUUCAGCCAAGCUGUCCUUGGUCCCUUUACCCCCACCUGGACAGCUACAUGUGAGCUUCAGCCUCCGUCCCCUCCAAGUGGUUCUUCCAUCAAGGGAGGAUCAGGACAGGCCUGUUAUUGACAUCGACCUGCAUCUUCCUUUCCUCUGUUUCACCCAUACAACACUGCUCCAGGUGCUGUCCUGCCUCCUUCAAGAGCAGAGGCUGGUUUUCUUCUCCGCUGACUGGGCCAGACUCACUCUGGUUGUGGAGAGUUUGCUGUUGUACCUGCAGCCCUUGUCCUGGCAGCAGCCCUAUGUUCCUGUUUUGUCUAGAGGAAUGCUGGACUUUCUCAUGGCUCCUACCGCCUUCCUGAUGGGCUGUCACAUCAACCAUUUUGAAGAGGUUGCUGCAGAGACAGAAGAAUUAAUCCUGGUGAACAUUGAUGAUGGCAUAGUUCAGUCAUCGUGCUCCGAGACCCUUGACCUACCAGCUCUCCCUCUAGCUGCAGCUGAGAGCUUUAUUUCAAGGGCAGAGUGUCUCCAGCUUCACUAUGACUUGGAGCUGUGUCACCUUGGAGCGGGUACCGAUGCCAACGGUCUGCGAUGCCAACGCAGAGAAUGGCAGACACGCCUCAACACACAGAUACAAAACAUCGCCUUGGAACUUGUGGUCAACAUCUUCAGAGGUGUUCAAGACUUUCUAAACCAUGAACUCAGAGUUUUUAACAGUGAGGAGUUCCUGAGGACGAGGGAGCCAGCAGAUCAAUCCUUUUACAAGAGGGUAUUAGACACUCAUAUCUUCCACUCGUUCCUGCGAGACAGGCUGAACAGGAAAUGGGACACCUUCAGCCGCAUGGAGCAGAACACUCGUGACCAUGCACACAGGAAUCGUGCAAUGACCGAGUCUCCUCGACGUCCCCUCAUGUCUGAUUUGUCCAAGAGUGGCUACAGAAGCUACACCAGCCCUGACGACAGACUGAGCAAGAGGCUUGGAGCCAGCCUGCCUAACCUGGAGCAACCUACUAAUGACGCUAUGCCAGCCAUCAGCUCCAGCAGACCGGCCUCCCUCAGGAAAAUGACUCCUGAUACCGGGUUGAAGCUUCCUCAGAAAGCAGUGAAGGUUUUCCGCCUCCCAGAUUUCCCUCCUCCUUUGGCCUAUCAUUACGUGCAGAACUAUUAUUCUGACAUGGUUGCUUCCCUGGGGAAGGCUAUUAAUGCGACACCAACUGACGAGUCUGCUCUGUUGGCCAGGUACCACUACCUCCGCGGUUUGGUCAACACGGUGUCAAACAGACGUCUGGAUGCACUGGAGGACUUCCAGAGUCUUUAUAAGACCGACUCAGAUAUUUUUCCUUCUCAGAUGGUUAAGUCAUUGGUUGACUCUUUGCCAGAGGCUGAACGGUUACAGGCAGACAAACGGCCAGAACUGAAACGACUCAUCAGUCGGGUCAAGAGGGACCAGGAGCGAGAACGCGCUCGCCACCACAACGGGCACGAGGAAGGUGCCGUCAAGCGCUUCCAGAUGCCCAAAAAAUACAUGCAGCUGGAGGAGUUUGUGAAAUGCACCCAGGAGUCCGGCAUCGUAAAAGACCAAGGAACCAUACACAGACUGUUUGACGCUCUCACUGUAGGUCAUCAGAAGCAGGUUGGUCCAGAGUUGUUUAAAAUCUUCUACACCAUCUGGAAGGAGACUGAGGCUGAGGCACAGGAGGUGUGCUUGCCAGCUUCUGUCCUAGAACACAUUGAUGCCAGCGAGUGCGUCUUCAAGCUGUCCUCCUCUGUCAAGACGAGCCGCGGUGUGGGGAAGAUCGCCAUGACUCAGCGACGGCUUUUCCUGCUGACCGACGGACGACCGGGUUAUGUGGAGGUGGCUCAGUACCGAGAGUUAGAGGAGGUGAAGGUGUCCUCAGCUCCCUUCCUGCUCCUGCGAAUCCCCAGCUUGAAGCUGCGUGUUCGGGGCCGUAAGGAGACAUUCGAGGCCAAUUUGAAAACGGAGACUGAGCUGUGGAAUCUGAUGGUCAAAGAGAUGUGGGCCGGCCGCAACAUGGCUGACCAGCACAAGGACCCCCAGUACAUGCAGCAGGCUCUGACCAACGCCUUGUUAAUGGAUGCAGUCGUGGGCAGUCUGCAGAGCAGUAAGGCCAUCUACUCUGCGUCGAAGCUGGCUCACUUUGACCGCAUCAAGAUGGAAGUGCCGAUGAUGGUUCCCAAGACAACCGCUGAGACGCUGAAGCACAAAAUCAACCCUUCACUGGAGCUCGCCGCACCCCAGGCUGUAGAUGUACUUCUAUACACACCAGGUCAGUUGUGGGUAUCUGUGAGUGGGGGUAAGGUGAUGGUUUUUGAUGCCUCCAGCUGGUCCCUCACAAACACCUGUCACGUUGGAAAUGCAAGAGUGAACUGCAUGUUGGGAGUUGAUAAGGACCAGGUCUGGAUGGGCUCUGAGGACUCUGUUAUCUACAUCAUUAGCAUGGUGGCCAUGGUCUGUAACAGACAGCUGACUGAACACAGGGCGGAGGUCACCGGACUGGCACUCGACACAGACAAAUACAGCCAGAAGGUGGCGUACUCCUGCAGUGCAGAGGGAAGUGUCAUGGCGUGGGACGUCGCGACAUUACAGGUGAAGAGACACUUUCGCCUCUCCUGCGACCGCCUGCAGUCUGUCUCCAGCUGUAACGGAACAUUUUGGUGCUGCUCCAGGGACAGUAUAAUGGAAGUGUGGAGGAACGGAUCAAUGAAACAUCGUCUGAGCCUGCCAGAACAGCAAAGAGGAUCCACAGCUGCGUUCAGCUCUGUGCUGCUGUUACCUGAGAGGGAGGAGCUGUGGAGUGUUUGUGUGGACUCAGGUGAAGUGUGUAUUUGGCACAUUAAGGACACCAGCAAACCGUUUCACCGUGUGACUCUGCAGGACUGCAUGGGAUCUUGCUGCAUGAUCAAAGUUAAAAACCAGGUGUGGGUUGGCGGUGUUGGCCGCAGUUCUACCAAAGGGAAGAUUUACAUCCUGGACGCAGAGCACCACCAGGUACUGAAGGAGCUUCACGGCCACAAUGACAAGGUGACGGCGCUCUGCUCUGCCGAGGAUCGGUACGUCCUCAGCGGGGCUGGAAAACACGAUGGAAAGAUCGCCAUCUGGAAGGUGGAGUAGAGCGGCUGAGUGUCUGGAAAAGGACAUUUGGCACAGAGUGUGUGGAGUGUCUGGAAAAGGACAUUUUUAAAGAUGGAGUUUUUAAUGCCAUAUCGUUAUGAACGAACAAAGGACCAAAGGGUUAAGCGAGACAGAGUGACGAUCUGUGUUCGACUUGAAUCUCAGAAAUAUUACGCAACCAUAUGACAGUUAUGUCAUGAAGCAACAAGUUUACAUACGGAAGCACCAGCGGAGCAGCUUUUCCCAGCUGCUACGAGGUCUCACAGUUAGAAAUACUAACAGUACUAAUGUGUUAUUUUUCGAGAAUAUGAAGGAAGAAGAAGACUGAACAAAGGAAAAGUGGGCGCAGGAAAUUCUGCUGGAUAUGUUUUGUUAAUCCAAAGUGCUUCACGUUACUGAAGGUUUAUGCAUUUUAUAGUGUUGUCAUUUCUUAUUUAAUGCCGUUUGAUCACGCUAGUAUUAUUUGGGAAUAAUAAUUUGUGACUGAGCCGCCUCUGCAGCUGUGUUUCUACACCUCAGACUACCCUGAAAACCAAACUUCUGUCACUGGAAAUUUCACCAUCACUAUGUGACAUUUACUCAGAAGUUAUGCUGGAGAGUGAAGGAAAGAUGAUGCAAAGUCGAGAGCUGGACUCAAAGUCAUUGUACAGCAAUACAUGCUGAAAGGUUUAGUCCUGCAGCAACCGGGAUCUGAUGAAAACACAGAGAAUAAGGACUAACCCCCCCCCCCCCCAAAGUGUUUAGCACUUGUAUUUCUUUCCCAAACCCUUACCUCAUUGUUAGACAGUUUCUACAUUUUUCUUUAUUUAUUUCCCUACAAGACUGGUUUUAUCUGUUAUCUGAUUUUAACAAGUACAUUUUCUAUGGAGAUUGACAGAAGACCGGACUUUCUAUUUAUGAACUGCGCAUAUUUGCAUCCUGUGCAUUUAUAACGAUUUGUGAUCAGUUAUUAGACUGAAGUUUUCUUAUUUUUACUUUUUUCUUUCGCAGCCAUUUUUUUCUCUCCAAAAUGUUAACUUUCUUAAAUUCUUGAACUGUAUUACAUUUUUCCUAACACAGUUAAGAAGUAGACAUUACAGGUGGGAUAAUUUCAGUUCAUAUCACCUGAAGUUCAUUCAAAGAGUCAGUUUAUCUUUUAUUAAUCUAUUUAUACACUGUACAUGCAUGGUGAACAUAAGAUAUAUUGCUCUUGUAAACUGGUGACAAUGCAGACAUCUCAACCAUUGAUGUAUUUUGUGCUUUAUGAAUAUUGUCUUCAUUGACUUUUUAUAAGACUUCAUAGAAAACUUUGUAAUAUAUCCAAGACUGUUAGCAAGAUUUUCUAGUAUUUAACCAAAUGGUAAACAAAGCAAAUACACACUUUUUAAAGGGA